GGGAUGAGAUUGACUGUUGAGAGAAAAUUAUCAACCGACGUUUUGUUGUGGAAACAGGGGAGGUGAAAUCUUUUUUGUGGUGAAUUUUCAACAGCGAGUCUCAAAAUAGUGUAGUUUUCUAAAAAUAUAAUGGGUUGUGCGGUUAGUACAACGGGGGAUAAGGCUGCUCAGGCUCGGUCAAAAAAAAUUGACCGAGACCUUAGGGCAGAUGGGGAAAGAGCCGCUAGUGAAGUCAAACUUCUCCUCCUUGGCGCUGGAGAAUCUGGUAAGAGCACAAUAGUGAAACAAAUGAAAAUAAUCCAUGAGCUAGGAUAUUCCAAAGAAGAAUGUGUUCAGUAUCGACCAGUCGUUUACAGUAACACAAUUCAGAGCCUCAUGGCUAUUAUCAGAGCUAUGGGUCAGCUUCGAAUAGAUUUUGCAGAACCCAGUAAGGCGGACAUUGCCAGACAAUUUUUCACUUAUGCUAGUGCAGCUGAAGAAGGAGAACUGACUCCAGAGUUAGUAAUGCUCAUGAGAAGACUUUGGCAAGACCCAGGAGUACAGCUGUGUUUCUCUAGAUCCAGAGAGUAUCAACUAAAUGAUUCGGCAGCUUAUUAUUUAAAUUCCCUGGACAGAAUCUCACAGAAUAACUAUGUGCCCACUCAACAAGACGUUUUAAGAACUAGAGUUAAAACUACAGGCAUUGUGGAAACCCAUUUUUCUUUCAAGAGUUUACACUUCAAAAUGUUUGAUGUAGGAGGACAAAGAUCAGAAAGAAAAAAAUGGAUUCACUGCUUUGAAGGAGUUACAGCCAUUAUUUUUUGUGUUGCUUUAUCAGGCUAUGAUUUAGUUUUGGCUGAAGAUGAAGAAAUGAACAGGAUGGUUGAAUCAAUGAAACUUUUUGAUUCCAUUUGCAACAGUAAAUGGUUUGUGACAACAUCUAUUAUUCUUUUUCUUAACAAAAAAGAUCUCUUUGAAGAAAAAAUAAGCAGAAGCCCCUUAACAAUUUGUUUCCCGGAAUAUUCUGGUUCUAACACCUAUGAAGAUGCUUCAGCAUAUAUAAGAAUGAAGUUUGAGAACCUCAAUAGAAGAAAGGAUCAAAAAGAAAUUUACACACACUUCACAUGUGCGACCGAUACAAGUAAUAUCCAAUUUGUUUUCGACUGUGUCACUGAUGUUAUUAUUAAGAACAAUCUCAAAGAUUGUGGAUUGCUUAUGUAAGUUACUUAAAUAUGGUUUAUUGAAUAGUUACUUAUACUAGUUACUUAAAAAGAUGUCUGUUUUGUAGCCCUGUUUAAUAGUGAAUGUAAAAGUCAGUUGUAAAUAAUAAUUAGUUUGCUUUUGAAAGACAGCUAAGAUUUUAGCUGUGAUGAAGGGUAAUAAAAUAAACUUACCUUUAUACCUUCAAUUUAUAAUUUAUUUUUUAGUUUAUUAAACUAACCGAAUACUUGUUUAAGUUAAUGUUGUGCUUAAAUUAUUAAUUUUUGUCCAUUAUUUUUUGGUUUCGUAAAAGGAUGUUGCCAAAUUUCUUAGUUCAUUUUUGAUUUUUCUGUAUCAGUUUUCAUUUUGACUGAAAAAUAAGUGAAAUAAUUUUUGAUCUCUGGUCCAGUAUAUAUUUUUGUAAUAGUAAUAUGCUUGUAUUGCAAUAUUUAGUGUUUUAAGUAGUCAUAGUAGUAGAUUGAAAUCGCUAAUGUGUUUAGUAUGAGGGACUUCUAGCUAUAUUACUUGAUAAUCACUAAUAUCGUGAGAUCAUCAUUCCUUAUUUUUAAACCAUGUCCUCCACUAUGCUAUAAUUCCAUGACAAAGUAUCAAUAAAUUAAUAUUUUUGGUACACUCGAAUCGAUAACUUUAGUUUUAUUAUUUAGAAACUUACAUAGAUAUAAUUAAUUUUUAGCUGCAACUUGCAGCUAUGUUUACAUAAGGAGAUAAAUAAACUAGGUGACUUUGUAUGAACAUGUAUAUUUUCUAUUAAGGGGAUUGAAUGCGCCUCAAUGCCAAAAUAUUUUUUCCUCCUUAGUGGAAAUGAGAUGAAUGAAACAAGGAAUGCAUUGCGUUCUUAAUUUCAACCUAACUUUUUAACAGUUGAAGUUAUAUCAAAUUUCUUUUUUGCAUUGGAUUUAUAAUAUAGGGACGAAUGACGCUAUCUUUUUACAAAUCCGAUAAUAGAAACAAGUUCUCGAAAAAUUAUAAAAAUGUAAUUUAAACUGGAAAAAAACGAGAAAGUUAAUUAAUUUAUGGUGUUUUUUUUAAUUAGCGCCAUUCUUAUGUGUGUUAGCUAUACAAUGGCAUAAAUCAGAAUUCCAAAAAUUAUCUAGUUUUUUUUUGGAAAAAUUUAAUUAAUUCUUUUUGUCAUUUUGUCUGUCUCUGUUAUACCCGCAGCAAACCCUAUGGCGCUUUCCUCCGCCUGUUUUGCGAUACAUUUUUAAUCGCCCUCAUGAACAAUCGAGCGCUAGCCGGCCCAACAGUAGCCCAAUGUAAUGAUCGCGAUGAACCUCGCAUCUUUAUUAGUAUGUAUUAACUUGUUGGGUAGUUGUAUAGUUCGACGUGCGUUACAAUAUACACUCAUCAAAAAAGUCUAGGGAACAAGAAAUAUUCGUCAGAAUAACUUUUUUUAAAAAGAUACCAUAUGGGUAUUUGUUGAACAAAUCUUGUAAAAUUUAUCAUAUCGGCUUUUCCAGCAGGCUUUAACAAAAUUUAAAAAUCUUUUAGAAGUAUAUUUUGUUCAAUUUAUAAAUGUUGUAUCUUGUUCCCUAGACUAUUUUGAUGUGUGUAUUUUAAACGGUGCAUUCAAUCCCCUUAAGAGCAAAGCGCUUCCGGCUAAUCAGUCAUCAUCAGUGCCAACUGAAAUUGUACGAAAAGGGUGCUAUAGUACCUAAAAUAUACACGUUCAUACAAAUUCACCUACUUUAUUCAAUAAUUUUUAGGUUUGUUGCACAACACUGCAUAUUUUUUAAUGGCAAAUAAUAUACAAGGUUGUACUAUUUAUCGAAUCUUCGUCUCACAUUAAUAUAUACGGGAAAAUUGAUACGAAUGGAAAAAGACAAAUAAUUAGUGAACAAAUCACGAAUCAGUGAAACUUUCAAUGCAAAUGAUUCAAAAUAAAAUUUCGAUAUCUUUGUUAUACAUUUUUUAAUUACCUUGAUUCUAUUGGUUCAAUUUUCCAAGUAGGUAUGUGGUAUAUGGAUUGCUCUUAAAAAAUACUUUAGAUUUUGGACAUUAUGCAUUUACCAUUCAAACAUUCUCAUAUCUGUAGGUGACACAGGAGUAAUAAGUAUGUAGUAUAUUAGUAUGUAUUAAAAUUUAUGUCGGACAAAUUACCUGGGAACAUUUUAAACAAUUUUUUUGUGCAAAUUUUAUGUUUUUUUUUUUUCUAGGAAAUAUAAAGUUUAUAUAAAAACAUGUUUCAUUAGACUAAAUAUAUUUUUUUUUGUUUCAAAUGUUCCCAACAAUAGAAACAUGUUAUCAUAAGACAAAAAAAGGACCUUAUUUCAAGGGGAUCAUUUUAAAAAUCAAUCCCUCUUUUUUGAAGAUGAUUUGAUAAAUUUUUUUCCCUAUGUACUUACCUAUGUACAUACACUAAAUUCCCACACAAAUGAAUCGCAAAUAAAUAAUUCUAGGCUCCCAAAAUUAUUGAAACAAUAUUAUGUAUAUUGAUAUUGUUACGCUAAAACGUUGCGAUAUCAAUACUUAACCAAUUCAAAAAUGUACAUGUUAAGUGAUGAAGAAAAUAAAGGAUAAUUAAUUAUCCAAAAAUGUAAGAUCUGCAUUUUGUGCCCAUGACAGAAUUUAUUUCUUGGCGGAUUUCGUUACGGUUCUAGUAUUUUUAACAGAUCCAUAACUUAAAUCAUUUCAAAUUACUACAAAUAUCCUGAUAAAGUAUUCUACAUGAAAAUUUUCAAAAUAAUUCCGUUUUUGUGGAAACAUCACAAUAUCUCUAUAUUUUUUUCAAGUUCAUGACUGACCUAGACUGAAUUAUAUUUUUAAAACAAAAUUAUAAAAAUUGGGAUGUUUCCUUUAGGCAAGUUAUUUCCAAAAACGAAGUAGUUCUCAAAUUAAUUCGCACAUUUAACUAAUUUUUAUAAACAUUUUAUAGAGAAUAUUCAUAUUUUGAAAAGAUGCAUUUAAAAUGUACACCUUAUUGUGUAUAAAAUAUUUUGUAAUUUGCUUUAAAUGCCACUCAACUAAAUACAGAUGUUUUAACCGUCACGACUGCCAUAAUUUAUAACCAGUAUUUUUCAUAACAAUUUACAAAAUUGUUUUACACUUUAAAAGGGCAACUUAAUAAAAUAGGUUAAAUUAAACAUUAUUUUUGUACAGGCGCCUUCUUUGCCUUUAGAAUUGAUAGAUUAAGAAAGACUAGAUGUAUUUUUUAUAAUAUUCUGUAUCUGCAAAAUAUUUACAAUGAAAUGUUAUAGCUACUAACUCUUAACCAUCAACUUUUCUAUUUUUUUAUAGCUGGUAUAAUGCAAGCGUAAAGACCAGAAUUAUAUACAUACAUACAUAUUUUGAAAUAAAGUAAACAUAUAUAUUCUGUUGAUAAUAUAUUAUUAUACUGAUGAUUAUUGAUUAA